CCACAGACAGGCAGGAUUAACAAAGGAAAGGAUAAAACAACUAAACCUUUACACUUAACAGACAAGGGUUUCUGAUUUGCUCACCAUGGCAUUCGCUAGUGUCAGCUGGCAAACGCCCACUUUUGAAGACUAUAGUGUCUAUAGUCAGUUAUCUGAUGAAGAGCUGAUCCAGCUGGCCGUUGAACGAAGCCUAACAGAUGCCUGCGGACCCUCUCAACCUGUUCGUCAGUCGACUUAUUCACCACCUACACAAAUGCAGUCUGUGCCCUCUCGAGAUGAAUUUGCAGUCAGGAGACUAAAUGCGAUGCACACUCAGAAUGUCCCUCCCCUGGCCCAUCCACCUCACACAGACAGUCUCAGCAGUGAAAUAUCCCAUUUAAACUCUGCCAUCUUGAAGGAUGAUGCCGAAACAGUCAGUAAAAUUGUACGCAGAAUGCCGACAGAGCGUCUGAACAAACCAGAUGAGGAAGGAUGGAUACAUCUGCAUGAGGCUGCAUAUGAGGGUUCUCUGGAGUGUUUGAAGGUGCUUGCAAAGGCUUUUCCGCGACUAAUCAACAAGUGCACCCGGAAGAGCCAAACCCCUCUGAUGUUGGCUGUUGCUCGCAAACAUCUUUCAUGUGCCCAGUUUCUGAUCGCAGCUGGAGGAGAUCCUAACAUUGCCAAAAUCACAGGAGAGACACCUCUCUUCAAAGCUUGUGAGAGGGGAGAUGAGAAGAUGGUGUCGCUUAUUCUGAAAGCUGGAGGGAAUAUAUCAAGGGGCAGUGAAAAAGGAUUGACACCUUUACAUGAAGCAGUGGGAAACGGAUAUGUCAACAUUUGUAAGCUACUGAUGGAAGCUGGAGCGAACAUCAGGGCCAAGAAUAAUUACGGCGUUGAUCCAGUGUUCACAGCCGCCAUGAUGGGAUCCACAGAAGUACUGCGUUUCUUAAUUAUGUGUGGAGGAGAUAUUAACACUCAAGCUAACGAUGGAGCAACAGCUUUAUAUGAAGCAUCCAAGAAUGGUCAUGAAAAAGUGGUGAAGCUACUUCUGUCCAGAAAUGCAGAUGUGAACAAAACAACUAAGGCAGGACUGACCCCUCUUCAUGUUGCAUCAAAGAAUGGACACGUGGGAGUUGUGUUGUUACUGCUUCCACAUACCAGCAAAGACGUUGUGAGACGCAGUGGUAUUAGUCCACUUCACCUUGCAGCAGAGCGCAACAGAGACGUGGUCUUGGAGAUUCUCAUUGAGGCAGGCUUUGAUGUCAACACCCAGCUGUCAAUGGACUAUUCUAAUAUGUAUGAGGACCGUCGCACCACAGCGCUCUACUUCACGGUGCGCUGCAGUAACGUAGAGGCGACCUCCAUGCUGUUGGAGGCUGGUGCUGACCCCAAUCUGGAUAUCUUCAACCCUCUCCUGGUGGCCAUAAGGAAAGGAUAUAUGGAGAUGGCAUCCCUGCUGAUGGAGUAUGGUGCAAAUGUGAACGCCUGCAUGCCAACACACCCAACCACUUUCCCAGGGGCGUUACUCUUCUGUAUGAAGCAGACGCGCAUUUUCAAGCUCCUGCUGGAUAAUGGAUGUGAUGCCAAUGCAUGUUUCAAUUGUGUUUACGGAAACGGGCCACAUCCUCCAGUCAAGGUCAGGCAUCCUUGCCUGCACAUGUAUGGAACUGAAGAUGCUAAUACUACAACAGCACAACAGCAGUUCUGUGAGGUGAUGGCAGGACCUUCUCACUCUCCGUGGGCUGGACCUAUAAUUGAUCUCCUCUUGGAUUACGUGGGUCAUGUGAAAUUGUGUUCAAGACUCACUGAACUUCUGGACAGUAACAAGGACUGGCAAUCAAUAAAAUCAAGGCCACCUUUCUCCUUGAUGCAUCUGUGCCGAGUGAGGAUCCGCCAGUUGGUAGGACAUCGCAAACUGAGGAGGAUGACCAGCCUUCCUCUGCCCGGCCGACUCAUCAAGUACCUGUUCUACGACAACGGAGAGUCUGAGGAUUUCUUGCAUCGUGGUUUAGACUAAGUGUGUACACAUUCUCUUUCAGUUGCAGAGAAAUGGAGCAGCUCUUUCAGAAUGGACCCUUUCAGUCAACAAAGAUGCAAUGCGACAACAGCACCACCAUACUCUGAAACAAAUGAUUUCUAAUGGUGAUUUUUUGUUCUUGCUGCACUGAGCAAAGCGCACAGCAUAGUUGAACAUUGACGGCAGCGCAUUGACGAUGAGAGGCAUAUCAAAUGUGUUUUAAAAAGGACUCGCAGAAUUCAAAACAGUGUUUACCUACUGUAGUUAAACAAUGAUAGCAGACAGACUGACUAAAAUCCAGUUGUUGCCACCAUCAUAUGCAAAUUCCAGAACUUGAAAUGAAAACAGGUCAAGGAAAGCCCAAUGUUUCAUAACCUAUGGUGUCAGCAGACUCAGCGCCAGACCAGCUCAGCUACAGGAAUUCCAAGGAAAGAAAUUCCAUGACUGUAGCCCUUUUCCCUUAAAAAGUUGAUUUGCUUAAAUGCUACAGUAUGCACAUCAAAAAGUAAGUGCCACAUGUGAUGGAAAAGGACUUAUGUCAGUGUAACGUAGGCUUUGUCGUGCUCGUUCGCCCGAGGUGGAUUAACCCUCUGGAGUGGGCUGGAGGGUUACAUCUUCUCGGCUAUAUUAAAGUAGACUAGCCUACAUCACAUGCCUACCACCACACUAUCUAUAAGAGAGAUGGGAUGCGUCUUGCAUGAGUUAAUAUAUGAAUAGCCUGAGCUAAUAAAAAAUAGGCCUAGGCUACACCCUGAACUGAUCCCCUGUUUGAGUUAGUUUGAGUUUUUUGGCAGACUAUAUAGGUGUAAGGAGCCACGACCGCACAGCAAAAGUGCCGCAAGGGCGCAGCAAAUUAUCUUCAGAAACAAUAUAUUUAAGCUAACGAUAUUCACACCGGCCCAAAACGUUAACGGCCCAUCGGGAAUCUUCACGAAUCUCCCGAUUAGCCACCCGGGCCUGCACACACACACACACACACACAAACACACACACACACACACACACACACACAUGCACACGCACACAUGAUACAUGCGUAGCCUAAUUGCACCUGUAGGGGGAACACGGGGCGCUGUGUGUGACUUGUGCACUGAUAAAGGGGUGGGUGAUCGAUUUGCCUGGCAUCGAUUGAUUCAGUUUCAGCACCACCGUAGUGAACAGCUCUCGUUAAGAGCUUCUUAAGAAGCUUCUUUGGCUUGAUCUUAAGGUUCUCCUAAAAAGGCCGUUAAGUACGCGUCUGGGAAACACCCGUAUCUUAGCGCUCCUUCUUUGGAGCCUUCUUAAGUCCUUAAGAAAGAUCGAAUCUGGGAAACGCAGCCAAUCACAGUACCCAAGGACAAAACGUUUUAACGCAAAACGUUUGCAUUUCCAAUUUCUUUGUUUCCAUGAGUGUUUAACAGGUGUGAAAAUUCAAAACCCCCAUGUUAUUUUCCCAUAGAAAAAAUCUCAAGAUACCGGAACUCCUUAUUUGGGCGAAGAUGGUGGCUUUUUUGUAGAAUUCUAGAAGGGAGGGGGUGUAUGGCGGGUGUCACAUUAUAUGUUUUAUGUUAUAUGUUAUAUGUUAUAUGUUAUAUGUUAUAUGUUAUGUGUGAUGUGUAAUGUGCGAUGUGUGAUAUGUUAUAUGUGAUGUGAACAUCAAAUGCUGCUAUCUCUUUUAUGGAAUGUACUGAUGUGUGAAGAAGAGUAUCCUUAUAGGACAAUAAAGACUCUAUCUAUCUAUCUCUCACGUUUCAAUGUGUGCACUCAGUGGCUCUGGCACGCGGUGCAACUUAGCUAGCCCAGUUUAUUCAU